CAUUUCGCUACCAAACAUUCCGGUUCACGCUGUCUUCUUUCUGAUAUUUCGGCCACUUCUAAGAGUACGCCUGCGGUUGUCGAAAAUAUCCCGGGUUCUUAUCGCGAUCCUAUUGAGGCAGUUAAGGCGGAGUCCAGUGAAGAAUCAACAAGUUCGGAAUCUGAGCAAAGUUCAGAGGAUUCCCAUUGUUCGAGAAAAGCAAAAGGACCUGCUCGAAAGCACUAUGGCCACCCACGGACCGUCCAAAGACCUAGUCAGCCUCUGGAAAUUGAAUUUGACUAUGUUCCAAGGUUACCGCAAGCACCUUUGCCUAGUGUUAAGUUGCUUCAACUGGGGAAGGUGACUGCAUUUUUUGACGGUGUAGUUGUAAUUCGAUCCGUUCCCGGAGUCCCGGCUUUGGACAGAGAUUCAGCACUUUACUUCGCCGAUCGAAGACCUAUGGGACUCGUUUAUGAUAUAAUUGGCCAAGUAAAACAGCCCUCUUAUGUGGUUAUCUACGAGAAUCGAAGACAAACUUCAGAAAAGAGAAAAGGAAAAGCGUCGACUGCCGCACAAGAGAUUCCUCCCUGUCCUGUAAAAAUAGAGGUUGACGUGAAGGUUGGAGAUGAAAUCUACUAUGCNCCGUUAGAGGAAUUCUACUCAGACGACGAGGAGGAAAGGAAAGCAAAAGGCAUAAAGCAACCACAAAUGAAGGCGACGAAAGGCGUACCUAGAGGAGGUGGGAGAGGUCGUGCUGUUAAACGAAAUCACUUAUCCCAGCCAGUUCUACCUCAAUCUGUAAACCAGAUCCCACAGCCUCAACAACGGCUGCAAGCCUAUCAGUCUUACAGCGACUUCUGUCGACAGCGGUUUGGAGGUCCAUCGAGUACCUACCAAUUUGGAGGUGGCGGUGAACAGGUUCGAUUUGCUCAAUCACAAUUGAGUGGAUCAUUUGGGAUGAUGCCUCCACCACAGCAGCAGCAGCAGGGACUACUUCCAGACAUGUCAUUUUGGCAACCGGGGCAGGUUAACUUCCCUCCCGAUAUGGGUCAUCGAUUUCCUUUUCCGUCUAACAAUUAUUCCAUGGGUCAUGCACAGUCGAUGCCACCAACGCAAAGUGGGCCUCAUCGUUAUGGCUAUCCUAAUCCUAAUUCCCCUCCUCCUUCACACAUGCUUCCUUCACCCUAUGUUCCGAGGCCACCUACACAACCUCCACCUCCACGACCUUACCCACCAUCAGGAAACUAUAGGGGGUUUUGGCCGAGCUGA